GGUGUCAAUACGUCACUCAGGUAAUGAUCGAAGGUGUGGUGAAAGGAACACUCACUGGUCGGUUUGGAUGGAAAGCACGAAGCCGUCGAGCUGGAAAAUCUGCCCGUAAAACACACCCGCCUGCAGAAACACUGUGGCAGGACGUCUGGCCUUUAGUCACCUGCGGAGUUCACUCCAAAAGCCGCCAAAAAUGAGCAAAAUCUCGAAAUUAUUCAAGGGGAGCUCCAGCGCGAGUUCGUCGAGCUCCUCAAGGUCCAAACACCACCGGCCGCGGGGAGGACCUUCACCCCAGGAGGCCAUCCACAGACUGCGGGAAACAGAGGAAAUGCUGACGAAGAAACAAGAGUACCUGGAGAAGAGGAUAGAGCAAGAAAUAACGAUAGCCAAGAAGAAUGGCACAAAAAACAAGAGGGCUGCUCUGCAGGCCCUGAAGAGGAAAAAGCGCUUGGAGCAGCAGCUCACCCAGAUCGAUGGCACGCUCUCCACCAUCGAGUUUCAGAGAGAAGCUUUGGAGAACUCGCACUCCAACACAGAGGUCCUGAAGAAUAUGGGCUUUGCUGCCAAGGCCAUGAAGCAGGUCCAUGAGAACAUGGACCUUGACAAGAUAGAUGAUCUGAUGCAGGAUAUCACAGAGCAACAGGACGUGGCUCAAGAGAUCAGUGAGGCCAUUUCCAGGCCUUUCGGCGAGACAUUUGAUGAGGACGAGCUGUUGGCAGAGCUGGCAGAGCUGGAACAGGAGGAGCUUGAGGACAGCAUGAAGAGUAUGGGCGGACUACCCAGUGUGCCCAGCUCCAAACUGCCGUCAGCACGGCCCAGUCAGCGUGCAACAACCAAGAAAAGGGUUGAAGAUGAUGACGACAUGCGUAUGCUGGCAUCAUGGGCAACUUAAGUACAUUAAGGAAGCCUUAUACUCACUGAAAGUGAUAUAAAUGUUUUGUUUUUUUUUUUUUUUUA